AAGCCACUUGCCCGAGCUCCCUGAGACAGAACAGGAUUGACAACACCACGGAAGAGUGACCUGAAGGGUCCCAGUAGAUAGUUUACCCACAAAUGGGCCAUAAUAAUUAGCACUUUAUCAUCUGAGAGCCUUGCCAUCCGGACCUUAACCGCCUCGGUGCUACUGUUAUCAUCUCUAAACUAUCAGGUUACCAUUUUCCAUCUUUGAGCGGUUUUUACAUCUAAGGUCGGAGAAAAUGGCAGCAAUUCCAUCAAGUGGCUCCCUCAUUGCCACCCAUGAUUACUACAGAAGGCGCCUUGGGUCCACCUCCAGCAACAGCUCCUGUGGCAGUGCUGAGUACACAGGAGAGGUCAUUCCACACCACCCAGGACUUCCUCGGCAGGAUUCUGGCCACUGGUGGGCUUCAUUUUUCUUCGGAAAACAGAACCUGCCUGGCAUGCAGAAUGGAUCCGAGUCUCAAAAGAACGGAACCUACACAGUGACCAAUGGUCAGGUGACCUGCAUCGCCAGGGAGAUGGUUCUGAGCAGACAACACAGCGACAACUCUGAGAUAGGAAAGUUCGAGUCGGGGACCCCCACCAACCAGUAGACUUUGGCCUGCCACUGCUUUCCCUGCCAUGCCUUCAAUGUCCCACACCCCUCACCUGCACCCAGCCAUCUGUGAUAUAGUCCAAAACUGGAGAUGAAACUGAUGGUGGCUUGUUUAUAUAGUGGCUGGAGUUUGCUUGUCCUCUGUGUUUAUACAUAUAUAUAUAGUGUCUUUUUAAUAUGACCAAAAGAAAAAAAGUGAAACGUGUAAAAAGUUUUCCAUAUGUUUCCUUUUUAUGACAUGAUGCUUUCUGCUGUUAAAUAAAAUGCUCGCAGUCAAAACUGUU